AUGGUGUCACAAAACGCCACGGGGGAACAGAUUCGGGACAUUCGCACAAUUCUUCUUAAGUUUGCAAACGCCGACUCCGUGUCAGAGAACAUCAGCGGACGAACGGGUCUCGUGGCAUUUUGGACAGCAGAAAUAACUCUGGCCGAAGUCGAAACUCUCCGAGCAACUCCAGGUGUAAGUCCAAAGUACAUUUUCUCAAUGCCAAAGCUAACAAAGCAUAGCUUUCCACCUAUGGGCACUUCGAAUGAGCGCAGAAUAACGGCUCGUAAGCCAAAAAGUGCUCGAUUGCAAGGUGAUGCCGUCGACGAACUCAAGAUGGUUUCACAACCCCGUGGAGAAAAAUUGAGUAACCUAGCGGGAUACGGAUAUGCUAGUGAGGGCGGAAAAGGCAUUACUAUUUACAUCAUUGACACUGGAGCCAACGCCCAGCAUUCGGAAUGGCUGGGUAUGUCGGGAAACAAACGGUUCAUGUUCCCUAUCACUGCGCCUGUGCACUCAGACCCCAAAGACCACGGUUCCUGUAUUGCAUCCAAGGCAGCGGGACCAAAGUAUGGUGCAGCUAAGAAUGCUAAUGUUGUCAUGAUACCGCUCUCCGAGAAUCGCAAGGUUACCGACAUGGUUCCGGCUUUGAUCAAAGCCUUGACGGCAGUAGAAGAGGAUGUGAUCAAGAAGGGACUGAAAGGAAAGGCCGUGGUAAACAUGUCCUUUGAGAUGAGCAAGUGGAUUUAUCAGAUGCAAAUCGUUCAGGAUUAUAAAAAGAAAGUCGCCUCAUUACUCAAGAACGACAUCGUACUGGUAGCAUGCUCGGGCAAUUUUCGAGUACUCGAUGAGCAGAUUGAUAGGUACCCAGCACUCUUCGGUAAAGACCUAGACCUUGUCGUUGUAGGCGCUGUCGAUAAGGACGGUAAACGGACGCAAUAUUCUCAGGGCUCAGAGGACCAAUUGACUGUUUCCGCUCCUGGAGACGUUCUCUGCGCCUCGGGUAAGGAUAAUACUGUGGCACAAAAAUCAGGAACAUCAUUUGCAACGGCGACUAUCUCGGGUGUUAUUGCCGUUUUUCUCUCGCAGCCAGAGUACAAGGCCAAGCUGCAGAAACGAGGAAAGGUUGCCGCUAAUGUCAAGUCGUUGCUGAAGGCCAUGGCAUACCCGCGCGUGAAAGAUGAGCCAGCGGUAGUCUGGAAUGGCGUCGACCCGCGUAGCUUAGCUUCUGUAUGGCCAACAGCUGCAAUUGGCAAGCUUUAA